AUAGUGACGUUUUGCGUGUACAGGUCCUGUAGCCGUGGCAGCGGCUGAGGCUGGCGGGCCAGGUACCGCUGCCGCGGGUCGAGAGAGACGCUCUCUGCCAACCUCAGCCUGGGCUGCCGCGCGCCGCCGCUGCGGGGUCGGAAGCUAAACUGUGCUCCUCCAGGGCGGGUACCAUGUUGCACUCAUCUUUGUACCCCCAGCAUCUAGCGAUGUUGGCAUGUAGUAGGCACUCAAGAAAUAUGUGUUGAAUGAACGAUGCCUGUGACGAGCAACUGGACUUUAUUCUUUCCUGACCCUUGAUCCUAUGACACAUCUCCUCCUGGCUGCUACUAUCACUCCUUCAGAGCAGAUCUUCUCUAGAGAACCUGGAAGGGAAACAGCUAUGGCCAAGGACAUCCUGGGUGAAGCUGGGUUGCACUUUGAUGAACUGAACAAGCUGCGGGUGUUGGACCCAGAGGUUACCCAGCAGACCAUAGAGCUCAAGGAAGAGUGCAAGGACUUUGUGGACAAAAUUGGCCAGUUUCAGAAAAUAGUUGGUGGUUUACUUGAGCUUGUUGACCAACUUGCAAAAGAAGCAGAAAAUGAGAAGAUGAAGGCCAUUGGUGCUCGCAAUUUGCUCAAAUCUAUAGCAAAGCAGAGAGAAGCCCAACAGCAGCAACUCCAAGCACUAAUAGCAGAAAAGAAAAUGCAGCUCGAAAGGUAUCGGGUUGAAUAUGAAGCUUUGUGUAAAGUAGAAGCAGAACAAAAUGAAUUUAUUGACCAAUUUAUUUUUCAGAAAUGAACUGAAAAUUUCAUUAUAUAGCAGGAGGGCAGAAAAACAAAAAACCUCUGUACCAUUCCAGUGACUUUGACUAAUGACC